AUGGUGGACUACCUCUAUGUAUCAAAUGGUGACAAACCCUUUGAGCCGACCACCGAUGAUGUUCACUGGACUCAGACCAACAAUGGCUUUCAUUCUUCAACAAGCCCAGGUCCUUCUUCCUGGGCAGCUAGCCAAACCAUGCGGGAGUCGUCGGCCAUGUUUCCCUCUUCGACAUUUUACGACCAGGAUGCGGACUUGACUCAAGUACUCCAUCAGCAAGACGAAUCUGAAAACCAUCAGUCUAACUCUCGAAAAGCACAUCUGUCACAUUCGCGCUCUUUUCCCGGCCUCCAUCAGUCCCCAAAUCACGCCGACUUGUCAAGUUUCCGCGCUGCUUCAGCUUCCCUCGAAUUGGCACAACCGGGAGAAUUUAAUGCUUAUUCUUUCGAAUCUCAUAUGAACUCAUCAUCCUCUCUAUUUCCCCCCUCCGGCGCGAUCACUCAACAGUUUUAUUCUCAAGAUCCCUACAAUCAGUACCAGGAGCAUCAGCAGGCUUCUUCCAAUGGCUUGCAACCGACCCUGGCUGGAAUGAACAACUUUCGUUCCCGGAGUGAUAGUGAAGGCUCUGGAUCAUGGGCCGGGAUCAAUACACCAAUGACUCCGAGCGACAUGAAUGUGAACAACGGAGGAUAUAAACCUGACCUUGGAUCACAUGGAUCAUCUGGCUUUCCUAACAAUAACAGCCACUUGAGACUCAACACCUCUGAUCUUUCGGCGCCUCAACAUCCAUCUUCGGCACCUGCGGACUCAGCUUUUCACAAUUCGCGCUAUUCAACCUCGGCGCAAUCUACGCUUCCUCCGUCUGACUCGGCAGAUCUCCAACCACAUUCGGCGCAACAUGCUUAUGCCUUGAGUGGCUUCCCAGCACCGCCCGUUCUCCAGAACGUGCGCUCCGGCUCCACUGGCCGUCGCCCUCAAGUUGGAGAGGACUCAAGUAACGAUGCGACAAUUACUUUAAAUCAUGACCUCCAUCACCCCCACCGAUCACUCUCGCCCAACACCCACAAUCAGGCGCUUCAGCCCAUGUCUGCCGGCCCGGCUUACUCCCGAUCAUUAUCCCUUGAGAGUAAUGCCAUGAGCCGUAACCGCUCAACAUCUUCCAACUCUGCCGAGUUCAGUGAGAAUCUCCACGAAUGGAAUCCGGCAGUACAUCCAUCCUCCCUGCCAAUGUCUGCUCCUAUCGGCCAUCAAUUUUCCAAUUUACAUCUAGACCCUUCUGAUCAACUGUUUGCCGCUUUCAUGUCUCCAAAGAACAUGAUCUCUCGCGCAGAGCGCGAAGCUCUAUUAGCCCCUUUCAUUCGACUAUAUUUGUCCUCUACCAACCGAUUCAUGUUGGGUGAGCGAACAGUAUUAGUUCUAUCUGGUAAAGUUGCGCAGAAGUCUUAUGGAGCCGAGAAAAGGUUUCUAUGUCCACCACCUUCGGCGUUACUAUUAGGUUGCAGUUGGUGGGCUGCGGCUGAUGCUGACCCUCGACGCCCGAUGCCAAGCUCCAACCGCCUUGCUCUGCAUCCACCCACCACUAUCGUCAGCAUGUCAGGAGAGCACAGUAUCCCGACAGAGGCUUAUUCCGAAUGGAUGUCUAUGUCUGGACACGUUGUGGGCGAUCAAGCAUCAUUAGAUGAUGUGGUAAUCGCUGGGCGUUGCGUAGGAAAACAGCUGCAUAUCUCGGAGGUCGAUGAAAAGACCAAGAAAGUCGAAGCUUUGGUUCGUGUCAUUGCACCUGGUUUCGGCCCACCCGAGGCUCGUCACAUCGGCACCUUCCCAAGUAAACCGAUCAAGGUGAUUAGUAAACCCAGCAAGAAGAGACAGAGUAUCAAAAAUUUGGAUUUGUGUAUACACCACGGAACUACGAUUGCUCUUUUCAACCGGUUACGUUCACAAACUGUCUCGACCAAGUAUCUUUGUGUUUCUGGCCCAUCGGCAAGCUUCCCGGCCGGCGAUUGGCGUGCGAUGAGCGGAAUGGAAGAGAAGCCAUUUGCUCCUGGUGAAGAUGCCACCUGUUUUGUUGCGCGCACUUCCGCUUGGGAUCCUUUCAUAAUAUACCUGGUAGACCCAUCCAAACCAGCCACCGUACCCGACAAUGUUGCCCCUGCCUACCCACCCCCACCCGGUUAUCCACGAGCCCCCUCGAAUGCCCUUCCAGUCAGUCCGAACGGUGGCCCGAUUCCGAUUUACUAUAAUCAGCCUGUCGUGCUUCAAUGCUUGAGCACGGCCGUAGUCUCACCUGUGAUGAUUAUUCGCAAGGUUGACAAAGGGUCUACCGCGAUCGGGGGUGCCAGUUUGGAAGGGAACGCGUCGUCUGGUCAACGGGACAUGCCCGUCGCACCCGGUGAAGUCUUAGGAGAUCCGGUGUCUCAGCUUCACAAAAUCGCUCUCGAAGUGAUGACUGAUCCUCAAUCGGCCUACUUGGCUCCGGUCACCUCCCCAUACGCCGGUUUCCCGGGCUCUGGCUCUUUCUUGGCCUGUCUGGGAGAGAAUGUCGGCGUUCAUCGAGCAGAGUCAGGUCGUCAGGCUGUCCCUCCAAUAAUGACACCACCCCCCAGUGCCUCUUCAGCUAGAUCGUUUGGGGGCACCAACUCGGACGCCCUAGCAGAGGCAAACUAUCUCGCCUCUCACCUCAAUCAGCCCAUCCUUUCCUCUGCUGGAAACUCCCGCGCUCGUAGUAACACCCCGAGUAGUGCGUUGGACCUAGAUUUGGGUUCCUCGGACGGUGGUAAAGUCAAGCGGCCUCGGAAGGCGUCGGCUUCCUUGCUGCACGGUCGCGCGCUGAGUAAAAACCGAAAACGAGGGGCCUCGAUUAGUUCCUGUGGUCAUGAUGAGCACAGUUCGGAGUCCGAGUGCAGUCAUUCCAACUCCUUGUAUCCACACGCAUCGAAAGUCUGGACUAUCGAAUGUGGUGAGCCUGCAGUCUGGACGAUCUACGUUGAACGCCACACGUUCUGGAUUCCACCCGUGCUCAUCAACGGCAAGCCCUCAUCCCCAGUUUCCCCCGGUGCGGUUAGCGACGUUUUCACUACUCCGAUCCCAGCUGCACCGAUCGGCUACGACAGUGCGACUCCGAUACCGACGAUCUCAAAAUACCUGCCACCCAAUCCGGCGGCCUCUGAUCCACAAGAGCUAAAAAUGAUCAUUAUUUACGGCGCGAAUCUUUCGCCCCAUUUGCAUGUUUGGUUCGGUGACAUCCCCAGCCCUCAUGUGGAACACAAGUGUGCCGAGGUCAUCUUAGCUCAACCGCCGCAUCAUCCCAUGAACGGCCAAAGCCCAACCGCUAGACAGAUUAUCCUGGUCAGCGAUGAUGGAAUCGUUUUUCCUUCCAAGGUGUAUUUUACAAGCUUCUGA